GAAAUAUUCGUUUAAAGUUAUAAAAGUUAUUGCAGCUUGUAACGCAAUAUUUGCCUAAAUUAACUUACAAAUAAAUUCGCAGCAAGCCCCGAAUAACCAACCCAAACCGAACAACCCAUAAAAUGGAAGCCACAAAUGGUGCUGGUAAUGCAGCUUCAGUGGCUGCUGCUGCCGCUGCCAAACGUGUCCAAAUCGAAAAGGCCCAAAACUUUAUGCGCCAGUAUCGUGAUCCAGAAUCACGCGAAUUGAAAAAGCUUUCGGCAAAUCAAUUCAUGGAUGUAUGGUCCCAUUAUGAUAAUGAUGGCAAUGGCUAUAUUGAGGGCACAGAAUUGGAUGGUUUUUUGCGUGAAUUUGUUUCAAGUGCCAAUGCCACAGAUAUUAGUCCGGAGGCUGUUACCGACACAAUGCUGGGUGAAUUGAAAUCAUGUUUUAUGGAGGCCUACGACGACAAUCAAGAUGGUAAAAUUGAUAUCAGAGAGCUUGCCCAAUUGCUGCCCAUGGAGGAAAAUUUCCUAUUGUUAUUCCGUUUUGAUAAUCCCCUAGAAUCCAGUGUUGAAUUUAUGAAGAUUUGGCGUGAAUAUGAUACCGACAAUUCGGGAUACAUUGAGGCAGAUGAACUUAAAAAUUUCUUACGAGAUUUACUCAAAGAGGCCAAGAAAAUCAAUGAUGUAUCUGAGGAUAAAUUAAUUGAAUAUACAGAUACAAUGCUCCAAGUUUUUGAUGCCAAUAAAGAUGGACGCUUGCAAUUAUCCGAAAUGGCCAAAUUACUUCCAGUCAAAGAGAACUUCCUUUGCCGUCAAGUCUUCAAGGGUGCAGCCAGGUUAACAAAGGAGGAUAUUGAAAAAGUUUUCUCACUUUAUGACAGAGAUGGCAGCGGUUCAAUUGAAAAUGAAGAGCUCAAAGGAUUUCUUAAGGAUUUAUUGGAAUUGGUGAAAAAGGAUGAUUAUGAUGCCCAGGAUCUGAAGGCUUUCGAAGAGACCAUUUUACGUGGUGUGGGCUAUGACAAGGAUGGUAAAAUUUCACGCAAAGAAUUAACCAUGAUUUUGCUGACCUUGGCCAAGAUGCCACCAGAGGAUGAACAGUAAAGUCCUUU